UUGAUUAUUUUUAUCUUGCUAUUGAAUAUUUUCUAUUUAUUUAUUUGUUAUUCAUCUUAUUUUUGUAUCUGUUUCAUAACAAUUUCCACUAAAAAUAAAACAAAAAAAAAAGAAUGUUCAACUUUCUCAAUAACAUGUGGCUGUGAUUGAUUAAAUUUUCUAAUUCACAUAAGAAAGUACCUAAAUAAAAUUUGCAAAAUAAUGUUUUGAUAAGAAAGCAAGUUUUUAUUCAUUUACUACCUACCUUUUUUUUCCUGCUUUUGUCAUCGUUUUGUUGCAAUGAUUCUACAAAAACAAGCAAUAAGAUUGUCUUCCAGUUAUUCAGCUGAGUCAAUCUUAAGUCCAGAGAAUCGUUCAAAAUGUCUUAAAUGCUUACAAAGUGUUCCAAUGCCAAAAACCAAACCAAAUCGAUUACAACCGGAAGCUUCCGUGUUGGUUCCGGUUUGUAUUGAUGACAAAGGUGAAACGUCGAUUCUGUACACUCGCCGAUCGGGUUUACUGAGUCGCCAUGUCCACCAAAUAUCAUUUCCAGGUGGAAUAAAAGACCCCGAAGACGCUUCUUUCGAAGAUUGUGCUCUUCGUGAAACUGAAGAAGAAAUUGGACUUCCAAGAUCUCGAGUUGAGAUUUGGGGAAGUGGACCAAUGUUAAAGCCACCAAAUGCAGCUUCUAUUAUGCCAGUUUAUGCCACAAUAAGGAAUUUAAACUUAAACGAACUUAAACUCAAUAAAGUUGAAGUUGAAAGCGCUUUUACAAUACCCAUUUCGGAAUUAGCUUCUCCGAAUAACUUUAGAUAUACUCAAUUCAAACAAAGUUAUAGUGGGCCAGUGUUUAUUGUUGGAGAUAAGAGAAUUUGGGGAAUUACGGGAAUUAUGACACAUAAUUUCCUGCAAUGUUUGUUGCCGAAGGAGGAGAGUAGUAAGAGGCCAAUAAUUAAGUAUAUUCGUCCUUAUAGGGCGAAAUAGAAUUUAAGUGAAUUUUGUAGACAAAUGUUUGUAAAUAAUAUACUUAAUUAAAUUUUUUGUUGUUGCAAUAAAAAGGAGGAUUAGUUAAAAAACUAAA